UAAGAGGGACACUAGUCCUAACUUCUUUAGUGAAUGAAGCUCAUGUUUAUGGUAGAGAAAAAGAAAAACAGGCUAUACUUGAUUUACUGAUGAGUGCAGAAACUGAGGAUGCCGAACUCUCUGUGAUUCCUAUACUUGGCAUGGGCGGUAUAGGGAAGACAACUCUUACUCAACUUGUAUACAAUGAUGAAAAGAUGCAAAGCUUUUUUGACCUGAAAGCAUGGGCUUGUGUUUCCGAAGAAUUUGAUGCUGUUAAGGUGACAAAAAUGAUUUUAAAAUCUGUCACCUCUAGAAGUUGCAAUGACAAUGAUCUCAAUUUAUUGCAAGUCAAACUAAAGGAGAAACUAAAGGGGAAGAAGUUUCUUGUCAUUCUGGAUGAUAUUUGGAAUGAGAACUACCACGACUGGAGUAUCCUACAUGCUCCUUUUGAAGUAGGGGCUUCGGGAAGUAGAAUUGUCAUAACAACUCGUAACCGAGGAGUUUCAUCAAUGAUGGGUACCAUUCAAGCUUAUUGUUUGCAUGUGUUGUCAAAUUAUGCUUGUUUAUCUAUAUUUACCCGACAUGCAUUCGGGGCAAGAGACUUCAUUACACAUCCAAAUCUUAAAGAUAUUGGUGAGAAAAUUGUGAUAAGGUGUAAAGGCUUGCCUUUGGCAGCAAAAUCCUUUGGAGGCCUUUUACGUUUCAAGGAGGAUCCCGAUGAGUGGAAAGAAGUAUUGAAUAAAAAUAUAUGGGAUAUACCAAAGGAGAGAAGUGGAAUUGUUCCAACUCUUAUGUUCAGCUACUACCAUCUCUCUGCACAUUUGAAGAGAUGCUUUGCCUACUGUUCAAUAUUUCCAAAGGACUAUGAAUUUAAGGAGCAAUAUCCAGGGUAUUGUUUCUUGGCUCAUGAGGUUCCUCUUCAACUGUUGUCAAAAUUGCAAUGCCUACAGAAGCUUCCAAAUUCAAUUGGAGAUCUAAAACAUCUUCGAUAUCUUGACCUCUCUGACACUCCAAUCACAAGCAUGCCUGAAUCAAUAACCACUCUCUACAACUUGCAAACAUUGAUAUUGGAGCAAUUUGUGGGAGAAGCAAGUUUCUCUGGAGUAAAGGAGCUGGGGCCUUUAUUGCAUCUUCAAGGGACACUCUGUAUUUCAAUAUUGGAGAAUGUGACUGAACCUAGGGAUGCAAGGGAUGCUAAGUUAAUUGAAAAGUUAGCCUUGAUGGCUUGUUAUUGGAAUGGAGUGACAACUUGA